AUCGUGACGCCGUUCAUUUUCAUCCUGUCGUGCCUAUCGUUUUCCGUUUACGGGUUUUAUCGAAGUGUGGUAUUGGUUGGCCGAUUUUUUGGCCAGUUUAUUGUCUCCUAUAUCCAGCUUUUUGCUGGACUUGCAUUCUUCCUCAGUGCUGCUGCCGCAACUUUUUUCGUAGAGGAAAACACAUCGGACGAGUGGCGUGUGAUAUUCUUAUUGCUGGCAGCGAUUAUUUUAAUUUCGGCCGCUGUAUUUGGAGUGUUUGGGAGUGCUGUGCCUGAGGACUGGUCAAAAGAUAGCUGGGAUCCGUCAGUGGCUCGACCAAUGAUUACUUUCGACCAAAUUGAUUACUACACGGAUGAAUGUGGUAUUCUUGAAAUGAAGGUUUUGAGGUGA